CAGCUGAACAACCAACAUAACAGAGACCGAAGCUUUUGGUCUACGUUAUAUAUUGCGAAGUCUGAAAGGUAGUCUAAGAAAACUUUAUCGUUUGUGCACGAGAAAAUCCUGUUCUGUGACCCACGAAUCCUGCUGCAAACAGAUCCAUUUUAUGUAAUAUUAUUCAUUUUAUGUAAUAUUAUAAUUGUAUAUAAUAUUUCAAAGAUGCCUCCUGAUACCAAAGCGCGACAAAUUGCCGUUAUGGGAUUCCGAUCAGUCGGGAAAUCGUCACUGACAAUUCAGUUUGUAGAAAAACAGUUUGUUGAUUUCUACGACCCCACAAUUGAAAACACAUUUGACAAGACGUUUAAGAUAAAUGGACAGCAAUAUCAGUUGAAAAUCAUAGAUACUGCAGGGCAGGAUGAGUACUCUAUCUUUCCACAAUCCUUAUCUGUCAACAUCCAUGGUUACGUCCUUGUCUAUGCUGUCACAUCUGCUAAAAGCUUUGAAGUUAUACAAACUAUACAUGAAAAGCUUCUCGACAUGACAGGAAAAGUCAAUAUUCCACUUGUACUUGUCGGAAAUAAAAAAGAUCUUCAUUUGGAAAGAAUUAUAAGUACACAACAAGGCAAGCAGCUGGCUGAUUCAUGGGGUGCCACAUUUAUAGAAUCAUCAGCAAAGCAGAAUGAGAGUGUGGAGGAUAUAUUCAAAACGGUGCUGCAACUCAUUGAUGGGAACCCUCAAAUGAAAGAUGAAAAAUGUGUCAUCAUUUAAAGCCAUACGGACAGAAAUAUUACUCCUUUUGUUCCAGAAGACACCAACUUAUAACUCUUCCAUCGACUUGGAAAACCACACAUACAAGCAAAGUCAUUCAUGCAAAACUACUCCUGGAAAUAUACAAGGAAGUGUGAGGAUGUCGUUUUCUGGAAGGUAGUUUUCGACAGAACUUGCUUGUAGGAGUUAAUACUGUGGUGCAACAGACCCUUCUUUUCUCUCCAAUAGAGUUCAACAAUGAGAAUGGGGCCGGAUAAAGAAGGAAAGCAGCAGCACUUUAAACCGUACCCAUUCAGAAAGAAUCUAUUAUCUAGAUUCGUUACAUAUCCCUGCUAUGAACCAUGGCCUUGCUCUGAAGUCUAGUCGCAACAGGCCCGAGAAAAUGUGACAGUGAAUUUCAUCAUGGUGAAGAAUUUAAUUGGAAUUGAUGUGGAGAUAUUUUUUCAAUUUUAAUGGUAAUGAUUGUAUUGGUCAUAUUGAUAACUAGCUCUAUUGAAAUUUUAUCCACCAAUGCGCUUGUAUUGAUCUAUGAAAAGUAAAACUUCAUUAUCAAAACUGUAUUUUCACAUGAUAAUUGAAUAUAUGUCCAGAAAGAGAAAGUCCUGAAAGUAGCUCAUAUGCAACUUGAUACGAUUGGUUUGAAUUGCUAUUGCCUUGCGUAACUUUGCCUUUAUAAUAAAAAAGCAUGUGAAGUUAUCACCAAGAAUAGUCUACACCAUGUUUGUCCAAGUCGUGCAAUAUCAAAUAGAUGAGAAAUGUCCUUCCAAGGGAGUUGAGAUUUUAUUGAUUAAACUUUUAAAAAAAUCAUGGAAUUGGGUAUCUUCUACUCGGAGCUACAGUAUAUAAUUUGAAAUGAGCUAAUUUAUCUGGUGAAUAUACCAAAGCUUUGCAGAGCAUAAAUUAUAUUACAAAGUAACAUGGUCUUGUUUUCCAGUUGUACAUUAUUGUAAAAUGGUAAAGCUACUUGGAGCAAUGUGUGCAGUGAUGUUUGUCUCCAAGAUAAAUGAUUCAUGAUAUAUGACAUAUCUUUUGGAUUAGAUCAAGAAUUGUGAAUAUUGAAAAAAAAGAAUUGUAUGCAACUAAACUUCUUUGAAAGAAUUUUUGGGUUUACAAUUUUUUUCCUCAUGUCGGAGUAAUCUUGCAUGUGUUCAUAAUUUUUAUGACUUUGUACGGUGAGGUUUACAAUAAGGAAGUGUCAAUGGGUUAUAUAUCCCAAGAAAAUAGAUAAACUUCAGUCAGGAUUGAAAUGUAAGCAUCGUUAAACUGUGCCAUGGCCUUUUAGGUACAUGUAGAUAGGUGGUCCUUGGUUAAUAUGAUAAAAUAGAACACUCUACUGAUCUAUUACCUUGUUGAUAUUUACUUCAUGCAUUUAACAAUUUGUAUAACAUACUUCCCCCAGAUAUAUAUUUUGGAGACAGGUUGAAGUCUUCUCUGAAUUUUAAUCUUGUGCGCCUCGGAAUAGAAUAUUUUCUAGAAAGAUGGCGUUAUAUAAAUGCCUAUUAUUGAUAGCUUUAAUGUCCUGGAUCUCCGAAGUUGAUAGAUUACUUAUUUGAGGUUUCUUGCAUCCUGGUUUCUAUAAUUAAUCUUCAAUCAUGAGGACCUGUGUUUAUCUGAAAUAUGAAUCACAGAUUUGAGAGCAAGCUCAAAUUGAGUUCAAACAGAUCAAAACGAAAUAACUACCAAAAAGUUUGGACAUACUUGUAUAUUUGAAUAUUUCUGUACCAAAUGAUUCUGACAGAAACAAAUUCCUUUAGAGAAAUGAUUAUACAUGUAGCUGUCACUUUAUGGAAUAGGCAGAUUUUAAAAAAGUACCCACAUGCUUAUCGAGCACUGUUAGUGAUCUUCAGCUUACAUGUACUUUAUUUUUUACUUAAAUUGUGUCACAACUUACUACAUCUAGUUCUAUGAUGUGGUAAUAAUUGUCCUUGACUUUAAAAGACACACUCUUGAAAAUAUUUUUCAGUGUAUAUAUUUGGUUUUGUAAUGUGAACCCCUUAAAAUGCAGUACAUGCAAUAAGGGUUGUGGAUUUGCUGCAUCACAAUGAUUGGUGAUUUACUCUUUGAGGUCAUUAAAGUUGAGAUGAGAAGUCUGGUUGUUGUUGUCAAUUCAAUGAGGGAAAGGGAUAAUGUAACCAUGCCAAGGGUAUGAUAACAGAAGUCAUAACUAUUUAUAUCGUUUCAAUUUUAUGUAAGUGCAUUAAUUGAUAUGUAUAGUGAAAGUGAAAUGUCUUUUAGAAAAAUUUGAUUCUGGCAUUUCAUCUGGUUUUGGAAAUAGUUGCUCAGCAUUAUUAAAUAACAAGCUUUUAAUACUGCCAAUGAAAGAUUCUAGUAAAAUAAACCCCUAUGAUUUAAGUCAUAUGCUUUGAUAUGACUUCUUGUUAGGGGAAUUCCAUCAAUUUGAAUUUGAAAAAUAAUGACAAGGUAAGUCAUGCAAUGAAAGAAGAAUUGAUGGUCUGUCAAGUCUUGAAUGGUAUUGAUGUCAAUCUUAUAGUAAGUUAUUCACAAGGGAGACGGUUCUUCAAGGAGAUCAGAAGCAUAGUGGGGUCCUGUAAAAGAUUCAUGUUCUGUAAGACAAGUCUUGAUAUUUGAUGAAAACACUGAAAACGUGAAUUUCAGGUGUUCCAGGAGUUACAAUGGCGGUUUGAACUUUAUUGAAAAUGAGAAUGUUUGGAUGAAAUCAGUUAUCCUUUUGGUCCUUGACAAAAUAUGAAUACAGUAAAGAGUAAAAAAUAAAAAAAAGGCAUGAGCUUUCAUUUUGAAGUACAUGUCUUUAUUAGCACAGUGUUACAUUUCUGGGUAUGACUAUUCCAUGUUAAGACAGUGUUACUAGUAGAUCCAGCUGGGUUACAUACAAUACAAUAUUAUGAGUCGUAUUGUUUUUGUACAAUGGUAGGCCCAUGCCUAAUCCUGCUUGAUCCAUUCCUGGGAUAAGGAACCAGUAGCUGGUUGAGCAGUUCAGGGGAAUAGAAGUAAUGUAAUUCAAUGGAUAGUGACACUACUUUGACUUGAAACAUUUUAUACUGCCACCUUGUUUUUUGAACCUCUCCUCCCCUAAAGGAAACAUAGUGGGAUUAAGGAAAGCUUAGAUAGUAGCUAAUGCAUAGCAACAAUAAGUAUUUGACCAGUGACAUUUUAUGCCUUUUCAUAAUUGCAUUGCAGUUGUAACCAUAUGUUGUUAUCUUGAGAUGAAUAAGUUGUAUGCUUAUAUCAUUCCAUCAGAUUUGUAUAUUAAAAACUCUUAAGUAAAGAUAAGAUUCGCUAGUAAUAGAGUUCACACUUUGGAUAUUGAACUAUACCAUGCAAGGCAAACAAAACUUGACACCUCACAAACCCCAAUUUAAGGAAAAAUAUAUCAUAAACACAUUAUUAUUAUAGAUGGCCUGAAAGGAUAUGUUCUCUCAAAUAAUUUGAUACCAUUUUUAUGUGGUAUGUCUUCACGAUCAGAUGAUCAGAAGGUAUUCUUUGCAAUGAUGUAAAUUUUGAUUUGUAUCGAAGUACAUGUAAGCACGACUGUAAUGAAUUAAUCCAGAUGUCAGUGUCAUAAUCCCACAAGGAUUGCAUUCAAAUCUGUUUCAAAACACCUUUUUGAUAAUUUACAUUAUAAUAGUAGACCGGCCAAAACAAUUUUUUAUACUUUGGACGGCAAAAUUUGUUAAUGCUUGCUAAUGCUUAGCGUCCCAGCUGAUAGUCUUGCAAAAGUACCCAGGAAUGGCUUACGGCCGGAUGCAAAGCGCACUUUUGCGUUAAAGUGUCAUUUUUAGCGUAAAAUCUGAAA